UUGUUUGUAAAGUCAAAUGUUACAAACCUGCUGUCAUGUUACUAGACAUCAUAUAUCUGUUCAAAAUUUCUCUCCCACUUCAUGAUCCCCAAUCAUAAGAAUUAAUUCAAAGAUGGGUGCAAGAAUCCCACAACUAAUCUUCAUACUGAUCAUCCAUUUUCGCUUUUUAACCGCACAAAACGAUGAUGCUACAUAUCUUCGAGCUCUCAAGGAUGCAUGGGACAACACACCACCUAACUGGGAUGAUAACUCUGACCCGUGUAGCGGUUGGGAUGGAAUUACUUGCAAAAACUCGCGUGUUGUUUCCAUAACUUUGGCAAGCAUGGGUUUGACCGGGACACUAACUGGAGAUAUCGGGCAGUUAACAGAGUUGCAGAUUCUAGAUCUAUCUUACAACAAAGGUUUGACCGGGUCGCUGACUCCAGCAAUUGGGAAUUUGAAGAAGUUAACAAAUUUGAUCCUGGUUAAUUGUGGUUUCAGUGGUCCACUUCCAGACACCCUUGGAAAUUUAGAAAAUCUCAUCUUCCUGUCUCUAAAUUCCAACGGUUUUACUGGACCAAUUCCGCCUUCCAUUGGUAAUAUGCAAAAUCUUUACUGGUUGGAUCUAGCCGAUAACAUGCUAACUGGAGGUAUACCGGUUUCCAGUGGGAGCACUCCUGGUCUUGAUAUGCUGACUCAUACAAAACACUUCCAUUUUGGAAGGAACAUGCUCUCGGGUUCUAUCCCGCAACGGCUCUUCAACUCCAAUAUGACACUAAUUCAUAUUCUAUUUGAGAACAACCAGCUCACAGGCACCAUUCCUACCUCGCUCGGGCUUGUGAAAUCUCUAGAAGUUUUGCGUCUUGAUAGGAACCUAUUAACCGGGAAUGUCCCUUCAAACAUCAAUAGCCUUACCAAUGUAGUUGAAGUGUUCCUCUCAAACAAUCAACUGACCGGUCUGGUGCCUAAUUUGACUGGUUUGAAUGUCCUCAACUAUCUGGAUCUAAGCAACAACACUUUUGACCCGUCACGCGUUCCAUCUUGGUUUUCAAGUUUACAGUCUUUGACUACACUUAAGAUGUCCAGUACAAGCCUUGUAGGACAGUUGCCUGUUACGCUUUUCAGCAUACCUCAGUUACAGAAUAUUGAUUUAAGUGACAACAGACUUAAUGGCACGUUGGAUAUCGGCUCGAGCCAUAGCAACCAACUACAACAGGUCAAUUUGCAGAAUAAUCAAAUUGGUGAUUUCACUCAAAGAAGCCAAUACAGCAUAGAAUUAAUACUAGUAGGCAAUCCAAUAUGUAUGGAAACGGGUGUUACCGAUAGAUUUUGCUCCCUACCCACAAAUACUAGUUCUUCCUACUUGACACCACCAAACAACUGUGUGCCUACAACUUGUAGUAGUUCAGGUCAAGUUUCAAGUCCGAACUGUAUAUGUGCAUAUCCUUACACUGGCAACCUAUUCUUCCGAGCUCCUUCGUUCUCUGACCUUGGAAAUUCAAGUGUUUACGACUCCCUCCGUAAUGCCAUGAUCAACUCUUUCCGGAAGUCUCAACUCCCGGUUGACUCAGUUUCACUCAGUAAUCCUACCAAAAAUUUGGAUGAUUAUCUUGUGAUCAAUCUACAGGUUUUCCCAUCAGGAGAUGAUAGGUUCAAUAGGACUGGGAUUCUUGGGCUUGGGUUCUCGCUUAGUAACCAAACGUUCAAGCCUCCCGCAGCCUUUGGGCCCUACUUUUUCAUUGGUGAAAACUAUGACUUCUUGCAAGGAGCCUCAGGAGGAAGAAACAAGUCAUCCAACACUGGUGUUAUUGUAGGGGCGGUUGUUGGUGGUUGUGUGCUUGUGGCACUAUUGGUACUUGCAGGAUUGUAUGCUCUUCGUCAAAGACGACGAACCGAAAAGGCCACCCAUGAGAGCAGCCCUUUUGCCUUAUGGGAUACAACUGGUGCAAGUGGUGCAGUGCCGCAGUUGAAAGGAGCAAAAGCUUUCUCUUUUGAAGAGCUUAACAAAUACACAAACAACUUUUCAGAAGUUAACAACAUAGGAACUGGUGGAUAUGGAACGGUAUACAGAGGUAGUUUACCAAAUGGGCAGCUAAUUGCCAUCAAAAGGGCUAAACAGGGAUCAACUCAGGGCGGGCUUGAGUUCAAAACCGAGAUUGAGCUUCUUUCAAGAGUUCAUCACAAGAAUCUAGUUAGUCUUGUAGGUUUCUGUUUCGAUCAAGGUGAACAGAUGUUGGUUUAUGAGUAUAUUGUAAAUGGUACACUCAAAGAUAGUCUUUCAGGGAGAUCUGGAAUCAGGCUGGAUUGGAUAAGACGACUACGUAUAGCACUGGGAGCAGCAAAAGGGUUACAAUACUUGCAUGAUCUUGCUGAUCCUCCAAUCAUACAUAGAGAUGUCAAAACAAACAAUAUCUUAUUAGAUGAACGCUUGGUCGCGAAGGUGGCGGAUUUUGGUCUAUCCAAAUCGAUGGGUGAUGCGAAUAGGACUCAUGUUACCACUCAAGUCAAAGGGACAAUGGGCUACAUGGACCCUGAGUACUACAUGACACAACAACUGACAGAAAAGAGUGAUGUUUAUAGCUUUGGAGUUGUGCUAUUGGAGCUAAUAACAGCAAGAAAUCCAAUCGAGAAAGGGAAGUACAUUGUGAGAGAAGUGAAACAAACCAUGGACACAAGUAAAGAGUUAUACAACUUGCACGAGGUCCUUGACCCGACCAUAGGUUUGACCACUCAACUAAAGGGUUUGGAAAGAUUUGUUGACGUGGCAUUGCGGUGUGUUGAAGAAACUGGAGAUCAAAGGCCGACAAUGAGUGUUGUUGUGAAAGAGAUUGAGAGAAUUAUGGAAAUUGCAGGCCUUAACCCGAAUGCCGAGUCUGCAUCAAAUUCUGCAGAUUAUCCAAGUAAGGGAAGUGAACAUCCUUAUACUAAUGACAGCCUUUUUGCUUAUAGUGGUGAGCAGUUCUCUACAAACUUGGAUCCCAAGUAGAAAUAUUUGCACAGGAGACUAGAUGGAAGACUUCUUGAUUGUCAAAUGUUUCAUCUUUUUUAUCGUUUAUUCGUGUAAAUAAGAAUUACGAAAUACGGAUUUUGAUGUGUGAGGUUUUAUGUAUUUCUUUGAAGUUGUUUAUAUGUUGUAUACACACUCUUUGAAGGUAUUGAUUUUUUUUUCUUAUCGCAAUACAACUAUUAUGUCA